AAAUGCCGGUCUCAGCUGCCAAAAGUAAAAUAAAGCCCUGCAAUAUGAGCAACUCUACACCUUUCUUCGUUAAUUUUUUAAGAAUAUGGAUCGCAUUUGUUGCAGUAAUGGCUUUCGGAAACACGUUUCAAUGCUUUAUAAGCUCGUCCUAUACUUAUGAAAGACUCUAUACUGUUAGUCAAAACAACGAUCUGGCUGUCUCUACUGCCUUCAACACAACUCAAAAAGUCAGUGACCUCACAGCCAGACUAUUUGGAACAUGGACUUUACUGUCAGGGAUUACUCGUCUGAUGUGUGCCCUGUUUAUCUACAACAAGGUGUUGUAUCACAUCACCAUCAUGUCCUUUGUGCUAGCCCUGUGCCAUUUCAGCUCCGAGGUCUUCAUAUAUAAAACAGCAACAUUGACAGCUGGGAUCAUAGCCCCUCUCAUAGUGUCCAGUGUCUCCAUCCUACUCAUGGUAGUUGGUAUUUUUAUGUUGGAUGAAGAGGACCCAAGAGAGAGUUACCCUGAUGAAAACGAGGAGCUGGCCAAAAGGAAAAAAUCCAGCUAACCACAGGUUGAUAUAGAUUACUAGAUAUUCACAAUUCCAGUUGCACAUUUGUAAAAACCAAGUACAGUUUUUUAUACUCAGUCAUUGGAUUACAUGUUCUUAUUUCCUUUUUGCAAGCUUGUACAAUUAUUUUUCAUUUCUGUAUAGAAUUAUGCAUCAUAUUCAUUUUUAAUCUUGAAUCGUGUCAAGGGAAUGAGUUUGUGAACCCCUCCUUGUGGUGAAUCCAAACAUGUAGCAUCUGUACAAAAUACAUGUUUAACCUGCAUAUUUUUUAAUGUAUGUCUAUUUUUUGUGCAGCAGCACAUGAUUUUAAACUGUCACUGAGAAAUAGUAUUAUAUUUUAUUAUUAAAUAACUGAUUGUGAAUAUUUUUUUAAAAUUCCAAUAAAAUGAUUUUUUGUAAAUUAACUUUCAUCUCAUUUUUUUAAUUCAAGGCUCUAUAGUUAUACAAUGUAUGUAAAUACUUGGCAGUUCAAGCAAUGCAUACAUUUUCUUAGCCUAAGAUUUUUUAUUUAUUUGAUGUAGCUUAUCAAAGUAUUAUUAUAUACUAAUAGGUUUGGUUUUAUUAAGAACAGUUCAUAGACAUGAAUUGUUACCAGUUCUGUGAAAGUUCUUUUUUAUUCUUAAAGAAAAAUGUUAUAUUUUGUUAGUUGUUACAUAUUACUUUCAUCUUUUUGUUCUAAACUUUUAGAACUGGAAGUUAUCUUUUACUGACAAAUAGCUGUAGGGAUUGUAAUGACUAUACUGCCAUCUGUAAGCCUUUUAGAUUAUUUUUCUAGUUUUAACAUAAUUAGGGAGCUAUACUUAAGUUAUAUUAAUGUUCUCAAAAUUUAACUUGUAGAAAAUGAAUGACAAAAAUAAAUGUUAUGUUUAUUUCCUAGUUUAAAUUUUUAUACCUAAUUUUAAAAAGUUAUUUAUUCUCUUAUUUAACUCAUUCAAAAGUUGCUAUUUACAUUCUGUGUAGUUUUUAUAUUUUUGCCUGAAACUAAGUAGAAUAUUAUUAAUCAUGUUAUACAUUUGGAUAAACCAUCAUUUAACAUAAAAUUAAAAUAAAUAAUAAUUAAAAGUGUGUAGUUUGAAAG